AUGGGCUCGUCCUCUGAAGGACCAAACCCGCUCCGCCCAUACUACGUCCCUCCAUCCAUCGGCCUACCCAAGUCUCCGCCAAAUGCUGUCUCUGGGACGCUCGUGAACAAGGCGACUAUCAGAAACUCGACGCGGGAGAUCUUCUCGGACUUUGACUACUCCGAGUACCUGGGGGAGUCAUCCCCGACGAUUUCAGACUCCCUCAAGGAGCUGGCGGAAAAAGCGCUAUGGAAGUACACCAGCGUGUUGACAGCCCAACCAUUCGAGGUUGCAAAGACCAUUCUCCAGGUAUAUGUUGCGCAGGAUGCGCAGGCGGCUUUAGCGGGUAGAGAUGAGAGGCAGCGACGGGAUCAUGGGUAUCGGGACAAUUACUACGACGAGGAUUCUGCGCCCUCGUCCGAUGAUGAAAGCAGUUAUUUCACAUCAGAUGCUGCUCUAACUCCUGCUCCAUCCUCCCGAAACCGCCGUUCCCGGCCUCGCAUCACGGAUAGGCGUGGCUAUAUACCGCCUGGCACUGCUCCAGCUAAUAAAAACAUGCUCAAAAUCAAGGAUCCCUCCGCUCUAUUUGACGUAUUGUCUCAGCUCUGGGGCACGAGUGGUGUGACUUCACUAUGGAAGGCGUCAAAUUCAUCAUUCGUGUACUCACUACUCCUCCCAACCCUCAAUACUUUUAUCCGGAGCCUCCUAUCAGCUAUCCUAGCCUUUCCGGAGGAAGGCCUCUCGUCUCUCGCCGAGCCUGAUAUCCUCACAUCAUCAUCCCCCGGUUCCUCUUUACUACUAACGUGCAUUUCUUCUGCUCUUUCCGCCAUUCUCCUCUCCCCCAUCGAUACGACCCGCACAUAUCUCAUUCUCACCCCACUAAACCAGGGGCCACGAUCACUCCUCCGUGCCAUCCGCCUCCUUCCCACUCCCAGCUACCUAAUCCCACCACAUCUCCUUCCAAUUACAAUUCUAAAUGCGACUCUUCCCAAUCUCCUAACAGGCGCCACGCCGCUCUUCCUCAAAUCGUACCUGUCCCUCGACCCUGUCCUCAACCCCUCAUCAUGGAGCGUAUUCACCUUCUUCGCAUCAUGCCUGGACCUAGCAGUCCGCUUUCCCCUCGAAACCGUCCUCCGCCGCGCGCAAAUAGCCACAUUCACCUCCCCAGCGUUACGCCAGCAGGGCAGCCUCCUCCCUAGCCCUAGCCCUAGCCCAACCUCUACAACAGCCCCGCCACCGCUCCCCCGGAACACAAGGAAAUCAUCCGCAGCACCUGCUGUGGUUGAAACCAUCGUCCCCACGCCACAAUCCUACCGCGGCAUAAUCGGGACAAUGUGGACUAUAGUCUAUGAAGAAGGCACAAACCCACACGCCCUCGAGCUCGAGGAGGUAUAUGCGCGGCACGGCGCGCAGUCCUCACAGUCGCCCCGGCCGUCCUCAGCGCAGGGGACGGCGACAAGCCGACGGGCACAGAAGCAGCGGCAGGGGCAGGGCGUGCAGGGUCUGUAUCGCGGCUGGCGUCUGGGGAUGUGGGCUCUCGUUGGCGUGUGGGGCUCGGGCAUUUUGGGCUCGGCAUUGGGUACUGGCGAUGAUGAGAUGGUUGCUGGUCCUGGAGGUGCUAGGUUGGCGUUGGAGUCUGCGGGUGGCAGGGCGGGGAGUGCGUCUACCAAGGGUGCAUUUUGA